AUGGAAUUCCCAACUGGCCCAGGUGCUCUUGGUGGCCCAAUUUCUCCAGAUGCUUGGAAAAGAGCCGUCUAUCGCAGCCCUCCUCGUGUUUUUAAUGUUGAGGUAUUAACGCCAGAAAAACAAGGUGGUAGCUAUAGCUAUGGUUUCAGAAUAUGCCCUAUCAAAGAGGAUAAUGUCUCGCUCUCUUCGUCCGCUGGUUCUACCUCAUCAAAGGGUUCUCAUAUCGAGUACGAAAUUUGGAGGCGUUGGGAAGACUGUUUGUGGUUCCAAGAAACGCUAGAGUGCGAAUAUGCGCGCACUUCGCGUGAAAAACGCACCCGUCUAGCUGCGGGCAAAGGCGUUAAAAAGGACGGCGUUUAUAUACAAAGCGACCAAGCAGCGUCAUUCGAAUCGUUACCUCCAGGUCCAGAUCCAAACUCCAUAGCACUGGACAUCCAUGACUGCAUCCCGAAGCUUACGAAGAAGGGUACACUUUUCCGGGCCAGUCAAGCCACCAUUGAACAGCGGCAUAGAGAACUUCAGGCCAUGGUCAAUGUGAUAUUUCAAGAAGACGUGCCAAUGUUAAUCAAGGAACUAAGAACGACGCGCACGUUCACUGAUUUCUUUGGCUUUUGGAGAAGAGAUCACGAUCUGGCUAUGAAGAGACAAAAAGGCACCCGCGAGAAACCACGCAAUUCUGUGUCAAGCAGCGUAUUCUCUUCGUAUUUCGCAGCAUCGUCUCCUGCUCUGUCGGAUGUUCCACCAGUGCCGCGCAUUCCUACCUCUCCGUUAGCUGACAACCGCGCAUCUGUUAAUUCAGACUCUUCCUCAUCUGAAAUGUCUUCGUCGAAAGGCUCGCGCUCCAAUUCAUCGACUUCGUUAUUGACACCCCCUC